CUAUUUGUGACUCUUCCCAAGUCGACGAGUGGUUUUAAGAGGUCUUUGACCCACAAGAGUACCUAUAAAUCUGCAUGUGAGUGUGCAUGUUGGGCCAGCAAAAGUUUGGCAGUCCCAAAAAGCGGCAACAAAAUGGGAACUGCAAUUGGCCACCAAGUACUUUCCAAAGUCUUUUGCAUGGCAGUUCACAUAAUUCGUGUUGUGAUAGUCUCGGCCUCGUUUUUCCCCGGUUUUCGGUUUUCGGUUCUUGGUUCUUGGUGGGCAGAGCAGUUUUCGGUUUUUGUGCCCAAAACAUAAUUAAGUGCUUUGCAAGUUGUUUUGGCUGUUUGGGGGGCAUUUGUCAUAACGUGGAUGGGGGAGAAAAGUCCGGAAAGCCCAGAGAAGCAGAGCCCGUUGAUAAUGUACUAAGUAGUAAUAAAUUUUACUUUUAUGCGAGAACCACAAGCAAAGAAACUCUGGGGAGAAGCGAAAACAAACCAGAACAGAAACCAGAAUUCAGAAAUCAAGAGUCGGCGAAAAGUGAAACGGGCCCUGUUCCCCUUUUGACCCCGUCGACAACAGCUCAACAAGUUGGCCAAGUUAGCGAGUUGGAAACUCCCGACCAUCCGAGCUGAUGAAGUGGCAGUGGCCAUGAGCCGGACUUCAGUUGUAGUUGGCCAGCGUUGGAGUGGAAGCUGAAAUUAAAUCAAACAUCAAACUCAAUCGCAAAGCCAAGAAGGGAAAAGGACUUCUCCGCCGGCAAAAUGAAUCGAAAUGGGGCAGGGACGAAGUGCCAAAAGUGUUAGCAACUUUGCCAUAUUUCUGUUGAUUUUGUUCGCACAAAACUGUGGCCAGGCACGCAGCCACGGGCGUGAUGGAUUAGCAAAGUUGGAGUUUAGCGGCCGGGCUACCCCUGUUUUUAAUUUUGCAAAAAUAUACCAAACUUUGUGUGCGCAACUGCUGCCGGCCACGCCUCGCCGGGAGGUCAAAGGGCGUGAACUGGUGCGGGGGAAGCCCAUAUUCCAUGUUUUCGAUCAACUGCAGCAGGACUUCGAGGCGAAAUGGCGGCGCACAACUACAUUGAAGCCAUUUAGAAUUCUCCAGCACUUGGAUUGGGAGCAGGAGCAGGAGGCUCACCGACUUAAAACCCACUCAAACGCUAGUUUUGAUAUCCUGGAAGAAUUGUACAAGGAUCAAAACGCUUAUGAGCGAAAGACCACCACCACAAAGCCCUUUCAUGUGCUGCAAAAACUUGAAAAGGACCUGAUCAAGGCGGAUAAACACACCACCACCGUUAAACCUUUUCACAUUUUGGGUACUCUUGUGGAGGAUUUAAUAAAAAAGGAUCUGAAGGACGGCUAUCUGGCUGAGAAACCGAUAAAAUCUACGAAACCUCUAGCUGAACACAAAGCCGAGUUGAAGCUGCAAUCCCGGGCAAAAGAAAGUCAAAAGCGGAGACGGAAACGCAUUCGCCGCAGAAGAAAACGAAUUCGACGCCGCCGGAAAAGGACUCGCCGUCGUCGCCGAAGGAGGAGGAAGAAGAAGCGAAAUAAGCGCAAGAAGAAGAAGUACAAGGGCGGUAAGAAGAAGAAGAAGAAGGGCAAACGAAAGCGGAAGAAGCAGCAAAAGCCGGAAGACCACGAGCAGCACUCGAUUUUCCAGCCCGCUCACCUGAUCUUCGCCAAUCCCACCAAGCAACCGUAUUACCAUCACCAUCCGCACGGAUAUCCAUAUCCUCCGGCAAACCAGAUGCAGGUUCAGACUAUACCCACAGCAUUAUUGUCCGCCUUGACUACCAAGAAACCACAUACGGUGACCACCACCCAUCGUCCCUUCAGCAAGAUCAAGUAUCUCCUGAGACACAACAGCAUCUUCAAGAAGAAGAAAAAGGAGUACCUCAGCCACGUUGGCCAGGUGCUGUAUCCGUUUGUUAAGUUCGUGGCCUUCUUCACAGUCCUCAACCCCUUCACCCUGGGCGUUUUUCUGUUCACCCUGAUUUCCCCAGCGGUCUUCGGAUUCCUGGGCUUUGUAGCUCUCAGUGUGCUGGUCAAGCCCUUCCUUCAUCUGGUGUUUGGGGUCAAGCGAAAUGUGAACGCCUUCGAUCGCAAGAGGUGGCUGGCCCACAAACAGGAGGAGAAGCUUAAGCUGGCCCUGCGUCCGGUGACUAUUCACAAGCACUUCUACCAGCAGGGUCCGGUCCGCUCUGCUCCUCCGGUGAAGCUUCGUCCAGUGGGUCACUGGCGCAGAGAAGGAGACAGUCCUGAGACACAGAUGCCUCGACCAUCUCAGCGCCCACAACCAAUGCGAGCUGCAGCCGCACCACCACCUCCCAGGCACCCACCACCCAUGAAUCGUUAUAAUCCUUUGCUACCUGAACAGCACAAGGCUCUUCGCUAUGAUCAUUCGGACCAGCCUGGAAUCUUCCUCCGAUAGCAACACGGAUUUAUGUAGAA